UUUGACACGUUUUACAAGUUUGAUUAAUAGGAUAGAGAUAGCAGCAUCUAACAACAUAUUUUUUCAGUCAUUUCGAAUUGAACGCUGAAAAUUCAACUUUGCCCGAAGGACAGGAGAAUUGCUUGAACAACAUGAGUAAGAUGAAUAAGGUCCAAGAAUUGAAAACUCUGUCAAUCAUAGGAGGUGGGAUCGGAGGGUGCACCACAGCUCUUGAAAUGGCCAAGACCGGGAAGUAUAAAAUCACGAUUUACGAGAAACAGUCGGAGCUAAUGAGAGAAAGUAGUGACGCCACCCCGGGAAGGAUGGGCCUCGGUUUCCAUUACGCUGACAAAGAAACGGCUGUCUACUACCUACAUGCAACACUGGAGUUUACAAAAAAAUUCGGACACUUUCGUCAAGAAUGUGAUAGGGUCUCGUCUCACCCAAUGCGUCGAGGGAGAUAUUUCAUAAUGAAGGACUCUUUGGUACCGAAGGAUGACAUACUCAAAACGUACGAUGCUGUUAAAGACGAAUACGCAAGCAUUAUACGCAGAGAUGCCAGUUUCCAGCUGUUUGGACCGCCUGACGACUUCUAUCGGAUUCUUCAACCCCAUGAAUACGCUGAUGACGUUCAAAUCGAAAAAGUUGACAUCGGAAUUGAAACCGCAGAGGAACUCUUGGGCUGGGCAUCAUUCCGAAUUUUCAUACUAAAUGAAAUUGAAAAGUAUAGCAACUUCAUUUCGAUCAGAACAAAUACGGAGGUAUUGGCGAUUCAGAGCGUUGGACGUUGUAGCUAUUUGUUGCAAUCGAAAUGGGGAAGGGAAACCGCUACUACCUCUCACACUGACAUCAUCGUUAAUGCAUCAUGGUACAAUAUUUCAAAAUUCAACGAAAUGCUCGGUGUUCCUGACGUCAGGCGAUGUAACAGGGUCAAGGCCAUUGCGACAGUGCAACUUCCCGACGAUCUUUUUGACGCACCGUGUAUGUUCUUCUGUAUGGGAUCCUUCUGUAUGUUUUCGAAUAAAGGAAACGGUAUUGGCAUGUUGACGUAUUCACCUGAGACAAACUUAGCUCUGAGCAGCUCGUCCGACUUUGAGCAGGAAAUGUGGGACACGUUUUUCAACGUCUCGGAUGCCGAGAAAACAAGGAAAGGUGAAAAGAUCAUUGCUGGAGUCACAAAAUUCAUCCCGAAAAUGAAGGAUGCGAAAUUGUUGAAGACGGGCUACGGCGUUAUUCAGACGCUAAUGGACGAGGACACAAUGGACUUUGGGUUCCAAAUUGGAAAUUUGGAUUUCAUUCACGAUCCGAAGACAGGCGGAAUAUACAAAAGGAACUAUAGUGGUGUAAGUCUUGGGCGGGCAGGAUAUGUCGUCAAUUCAUGCAUGAAACUUCUAUACUGCUUCCAAAAUGCAGAACUCGUCAGAUCUUUUGUUGAAGAGAAUAUCAUUGAAUGGAAGCUAUGACCGAGUCGGGUAAUUGGGUCACUGGACUCGGUCGGUUACUAUUAAAAAUAGGCCAGGGACAAAUAUUCUGCAGUCCAUGCAAGGUGACGGACCUCCACAAUUGUGUGUUGAAAGACAGUCCAGGUCAAUGUCAAUGUAAACUAGACUGAUAAAUUUGCUUACCAGCAAAUUUGAUGGGCCCCAGGAUUGUGGAGGAAGCAGUGGUGCCUGAUGAUGGUAUCCAUAUGUACGGUGGCCCAUAGAGGACAUGCGUUUAUUUUCAAUAUAAUAGGAAAUUUUUCUUUUUACAAUUUGUUUUUUUACUCUCGAAUUACAACCGCCGUCGGAUUUAUUUCUCACCGCCGAAAAAAUAACCGCGGUGGAAAUUAAUAUCCACCGCGGUCGAAAUAAUAUCAACCGCGGGAGCUAAUUCGUUAUUGACACCGGGUGGAUAUUAUUUCCACCGCGGUGGAUAUUAUUUCCACCGCGGUGGAUAUUAAUUUCCACCGCGGUGGUGGGAAUUAUUAUUUUUUACCCGGCGGUGGAAAUUAUUUUUUCGGCGGUGAGAAAUAAA